CCGGCCGAGUGAUAAAACGCUGGUUGCCUGACGAGUCCGGGGAGCACCGUGCUCGUUCCGCCGGCGCGGCGGCCCCUCCCCGGGGCGUUGGCUGGAGCCGCACCUGCCACCCCUGGCCGGAGCGCGGCCGCGAGUCAGUGAGAGGGGAAGGCGGCCAAGGAAGAUGCUGCGCUACAGCUCCGCGCUCACCGUCACCGCCACCGUCCCCAGGCCGCCCGCCGGCGAGAGCGGCCCCGGCAAGAAGCGGAUGAAUGUCUGUAGAUUACGCCUAACAGUGCCACCUGAUGAAGGCUCAUUUUCUGAACAAGGAGCAAAUAAACUGGAAAGAACAAAAAAACAACCCUACCAUGUACCGAAUGGAAUGUCUACAGGGAAGUUCUCUGAUGGCAUGGUGUAUGGUGUGGUGCACAGGACUGACAAUAACCAUAAGAAAGAAAUGGUGGUUUAUGGGUGGUCAGCUCAUCAGCUGAAAGAAGAGAUGAAUUACAUUAAAGAUGUGAGAGCAACUUUGGAAAAAGUAAGAAAGAAAAUGUAUGGAGAGUAUGGUGAAAUGAAACGGAAAAUACAGCAACUUACAAAUGAAUUGACAAUAACAAAUGUUGAAAAGGAAUCCUUAGAGAGUCACAUGCAAGUGCAGGCUGCAGCCUUGGACAGCUUCAGUGAAAUGAACAGCUCCUUGACAUCAGCAUCAAUUGAGUUGCAGAAAACUUUAGUGGAUGUUAGUUUGGAGAACACAGAUAUAAGGGAUCAAAUAAGGAAUUUAAAACACACACAUGAGCGGUCCAUGGAAAAACUGAAAGAAAAGCAAAAACAGCUGGAAACAGCCCAAGUUGAAAAUCAGCUACUUAAACUAAAGGUAGAAUGCUCUCAGGAAGCCAAUGCUGAUGUAAUGAGAGAGAUGACCAGAAGACUGUACAGCCAGUAUGAAGAAAAACUACAACAAGAAGAACAGAAACAUAUAGCCGAGAGAGAAACUCUAAUAGCAGAAACAAAUCGACUUCUAAAGGCCAUUGAGGAGGCAAAUAAGAAGAUGCAAAUUACAGAGACAAGUAUACAGGAAAAAGACAAGAGGAUUGGAGAGCUGGAUCGGUUCAUUCAGCGCAUGGAAGAGGAACGCCACCAGCUACAAAAACAACUGGUACAACAUGAAGUCCAGAUAUCUGGAGCAAAAUCUCAAACCCAUUCAGACAGACGGAGGUCACAGCAUCUGGAAGAGGUUGCAGCUGGUCUUAGAGAACGAAUCAAACAUCUGGAUGACAUGGUCCAUUGCCAACAGAAGAAAGUCAAACAUAUGGUUGAAGAGAUCGAAAUACUGAAGAAAAAGAUCAUGCAAAAGGAAUUGUUUAUAAUGCAGCUUCUAGAAAAAAUCUCUUUCCUAGAAUGCGAGAAUAAAGAAUUACAAGACAGGUUGGACUACUUAAUGGAAACCCACCCAAGGACUAAUGUAGAAACAAGAGAGAUCGGAGUAGGAUGUGAUCUUCCAUCCAGGACGUUUAUUUAUAGACUUCCAGAUAAAGGUAAAAAGAUCUCUGAUUUUGUUGAAAAGCUGAAGCUUGCCAUAGCACAACAGGAAGAAUUAAGGAGGACAACUGAUCAGUUGUCUGUUGUUAGAUUAGAGUUUCAGACAAAACAAGAGGAGAUUAAUACAAACAAGCAAAGAGUUGCCCUGAGUGAGCACAAAUCAACAAAUAAAGUUUUCUCAUCUAUUUAUGAAAACUCUGCUACUAAUGUAAACAAAGCUUCUAAAACUGUUUUGCAAGACAAGGAAGCUGAAUGUACUGAGAAAAGAGACACACAUACGGCUUCUGCAAAGGGCUAUAAAAAACGUGAUCAAAUAGAGAGUAUGAUAGAAGACCAUGCAAAAUCUCAGGAAAGUAAAUCCAAUUUGAAUUCAUCCUCAAUCAGCCUGAUGAAAAUUGAUCAGCAGAUACCUAAAUACAGUUCUCUGGGUGAAACAGAAAGUGCAGUGGAUGCUUCAGGCAACAGUGGUGACAUGCUGGUUGAUGCCUUUGAAAGAGUUGCAGUUGGAGAUGGGAAUAACAGUGAAAGAAAAUCAGAAAAAGAACAGAACAUUGCUAAAUUUAAGAAUAAUCCCUUUGGAAGCCUUCCCACCGUGACACCAAAAAAACCACAUUAUAUUGAAGUUCUAGAAUCAAGAGCUAAGAACCCAAGAUCUAAAAAUAAAUUUAAAACCAACGUAUUACCAGCUGAGUGGAGUGGCUCAUCUCAUGAUUCCUCACCUAGUCGUUCACCUAGGAGACUUGGGUCUUCGAUUUCUGAAGAAGAAAGAUGUCUUAGAGAUAAGAAACAUCUGGAUGACAUCACAGCAGCCCGGCUGCCACCACUUCAUCAUGCACCUACCCAAUUGUUAUCCAUAGAAGAAUCAAUAGCAAUUCAGAUGCAGCAAAAAGAAAUUUAUGAGGAAACACAAGCCAAACUUGCUGCGCAAAAACUAGCAGAAAUGUUGAAUAUUAAAAUGGUAAGGUAUGAACCUGAAGGGGAAACUUCAAUGAAAUACAGAGAAGUGAGGGAUGAGGAAGACUACCAUUCAUUGGAAGACUGAGUUCAAAAAGGAAAAUAUCUGGCAAUGGACAGUGUAAUUGAUUUCUUGUGCUACCCUUCUAAAAACUCGAUAACCAGGAUUCUUGACCAUGUAGAUUGCUGUGUUUGCUAGAGGAGAUGUGGCACUGCAGCUCUGGGAAGGGAUUAAUAGUUUGAGUACAAACGAUAUUGGUGUUUGUGGCCUGAUUUUCAUAGACUGAGAAUGUGCUCAGUGCCUCUGAAAAUUGCCCAAUGGGCUUUAUAUAGCUCAGCUAAAGUAGCUGUUCAGCAUACUGUGGUAAGCAGUGACAAAGUGCCUACAAGAAGAUGCUUGUAGUUGGAGGAAAAAUGAAUGUAAAAGGAAUAAUAUAUUUUUCCACCCUUAAACCUAUUGUGAAUAGAUAAGAACUCUGAGUUAUAAAAUAACUCAAAUCCUCUUCAGGCUCUAAGGGACGUUCUUUCCAGUUAUGGUGACCCUUGUUAAGCAAAUCUAGAGAUUUAAUUAAUUUGAAGACUAAUAUUUUCUAUUAAAGGCCUUGGUGUUUUUUUUUUUCUCCUCCAUACUAUUUUUGUACAUUGAUUAAACUUUUGGAAUACCAUUGUCUGCUGAAAUUAAUAGAACAGAUCCUUCCUCUAGUUUCAUUAGAGGAAAUAAAGUCUUGCGUGUUUUUUCAGUAAUGCAAACUAUCCAACCAUUGAAGAUCAAAAAUCUCUCAAACACAGUAGCGUUUUCUUUGUUUCAACUGAAGUUUGAAGGUGGAGAGCACCAGUGAAAAGCUUUUCUUAAUUACAAAGAAAUACAGCUCAGAUGAAAAAUAAUAGAAAAUUCCUUAUUUUACUUGCCAAGACCUGGGUUCUGAGAUUCCUCUGAAGCAUAAGGAAUACAGCUCCCUGCUGCUGACUUAGUUAUUGGCAAUAGCAUUAGCUGUUGUCGGAGAACUCAAGCCAUAGCAGGUAAAAAGACUUUCGUUCGUCCACUAGCGUUAAACAUACUUAUAGUGUAGUCUGCUUUGAAUGACUGACAUCUGGAAACUUAAGGGCCUUUCCAUAAAAGUGCCAUACUUGUAAAAGUAUGCUCACACCCAUAAAACACACUUUGUGCAAAUCAUACAUAGCUACCUGUCUUGUGUACAGAUGCAUGUUGCUGAAGCCUCAAGCAUUGUGUCCUUCAAAUAUGUGACCCUGAACAUCAGAUUUCUUUCUAGCUUCCAAACAUAAGUAACAAGCUAAAUCAUAGCUAGCAAGGUGAUUGUCUAAAGGAUAAUUCUGAAAUUGUGUUGCUGUUUAAGGGAACUGGAGCAUGCUAAUUGAAAAG